UCCGGGCCACUUGGCGUGGUUGGCGUGCCAAAGCCCUGUCCUUGCCUCGCGUGCGCGGGCCUGGUUCCGUCGCGGUCUCGCGCGCCUCGGUUUCCCAGCCUCAUGGCCGGGCUCACCCUAUUUGUGGGCCGCCUCCCGCCCUCGGCCCGCAGUGAGCAGCUGGAGGAGCUGUUCAGUCAGGUGGGGCCGGUGAAGCAGUGCUUCGUGGUGACUGAGAAAGGGAGUAAGGCAUGUCGAGGCUUUGGCUAUGUCACUUUUUCUAUGCUGGAAGAUGUUCAGAGGGCCCUCAAGGAGAUUACCACCUUCGAAGGCUGUAAGAUCAACGUGACUAUUGCCAAGAAAAAACAGAGGAACAAGUCCAAGGAAAAGGGGGAAAAUGAAAAUUCAGAACCCCCAAAGAAGGAACUGAAGCCUAAAAAACCCAAAGUGGCAGACAAGAAAGCCAGAUUAAUUAUUCGGAACCUGAGCUUUAAGUGUUCAGAAGAUGACUUGAAGACAGUAUUUGCUCAAUAUGGAGCUGUCCUGGAAGUAAACAUCCCCCGGAAGCCAGAUGGAAAGAUGCGUGGUUUUGCUUUUGUCCAGUUCAAAAACCUUCUAGAAGCAGGAAAAGCUCUCAAAAGCAUGAACAUGAAAGAGAUAAAAGGGCGGACAGUAGCUGUGGAUUGGGCUGUGGCAAAGGAUAAAUAUAAAAAUACACAGUCUGCCUCUGCCCCAGGUGAGGAGAAGAGGCCUGAACCUAAACAUCAGGAAUUAGAUAAAGAGAAUGGCAGGGAAGAAGCGGAUGCCACAGAGGAGGAAGAAGAGGAAGAGGAGGAGGGGGAAGAGAAUAAAAAAUCAAGGGUGACCAAGACUGCACAGAUUCAAAAGAGAGGCGACGUGUGUAAUGACUAUGGAGAGACUCCUCUGACAGCCCAGACCCCUGGUUCUGACCUGUGCCAUUGCAGAGCAGUCUGGAGGGCCGCAGCCGCAGAGGGCAGUGAGGAGGAGCUCUCUGACGGCGACAGCAUCCUGGAGGGAAGAGAGAGUAUCGAUGGCGGAGAGGAACCGGCUCAGAGUGAUACCAACAGUGAAGAGCAAGAGGACGAAGAUGUGCAAGUCUCAAAGAAAAAGAAGAGGAAAUUACCCUCUGAUGUGAAUGAAGGGAAAACUGUUUUUAUCAGAAACCUGUCUUUUGACUCAGAGGAAGAAGAACUCGGGGAGCUCCUCCAGCAAUUUGGAGACCUUAAGUAUGUCCGUAUUGUCUUGCAUCCAGACACAGAGCAUUCUAAAGGUUGUGCAUUUGCCCAGUUCGUGACUCAAGAAGCAGCUCAGAAAUGCCUUGAAGCUGCUUCUCCAGAGACUGAGGGUGGUGGGCUUAAACUGGAUGGCCGGCAGCUCAGGGUCGACUUGGCAGUGACCCGUGAUGAGGCUGCAAAGCUGCAGACAAAGAAGGUGAAGAAGCCUACCGGGACCCGGAGCCUCUACCUGGCCCGAGAAGGCUUGAUUCGUGCUGGGACUAAGGCUGCGGAGGGUGUGAGCGCUGCUGAUAUGGCCAAAAGAGAAAGGUUUGAGCUGCUGAAGCAUCAGAAACUCAAGGACCAGAAUAUCUUUGUGUCCCAGACCAGGCUCUGCCUGCACAACCUCCCAAAGGGUGUGGACGACAAAAAGCUCAGAAAGCUGCUGCUGAAUGCCACCCGAGGGGAGAAGGGGGUGUGCCUCAAGGAGUGUAGGGUGAUGCGAGACCUCAAAGGAGUUUAUGGGAAAGUUAAGGGUCAGUCCCUGGGCUACGCCUUUGCGGAGUUCCGGGAGCACGAGCAUGCCCUGACAGCCCUGCGCCACAUCAACAACAAUCCAGAGAUUUUUGGGCCCCUGAAGAGACCGAUAGUGGAGUUCUCUUUGGAGGAUCGAAGAAAACUUAAAAUAAAGGAACUGAGGAUUCAGCGCAGCCUGCAAAAAGUGAAAUCCAAGCCUGCAAAUGGUGAGCCCCAGCAGGAACAACCAGUGCUUGGAAAAGACCAGCAACGGAAAGCAGCUCAAAACCACACACAGGAACAAAGCAAGGCCCCCCUGGAGCAGAAAGGGAAGCUGCAUUCGUCCUCGUGGACAGGGUUCCAGACCAAGGCUGAAGUGGAGCAGGUGGAGCUGCCUGACGGAAAGAAGAGAAGAAAGGUCCUGGUGCUUCCCUCGCACCGAGGCCCCAAAAUUAGGCUGCGGGACAAAGGCAAAGUGAAGUCUCUCCCUCCCAAAAAGCCAAAGCCCCAGAUGACCCAGCAGAAGCCAGAGAAGCAGACAUUACCUUCCAAGCAGGCCCCUGGGAAGAAAACUAAGGGAAAUAAGACCGAAAUCCGCUUCAAUCAGCUGGUCGAACAAUAUAAGCAGAAAUUACUGGGACCUUCUAAAGGAGUACCUCUUGCAAAGAGGAGCAAAUGGUUUGACAGUUGAUGGUGGCAGCAGACCGGAUAAGAAGCUGGAUUCUUGGUCAAGCUCCCAGGUCUCCCUCCACCCCCUACUGUUAUUCUCUGAGGGAGGGACACCCCCCUUCCUCCCCAGGGCACUGCCACUUUGUUGGGAGGCCCCCUGGGCUGUGCACAUUUGAACUUUGGGCCCUCCCCAGUGCGUGAUUAGUGAACCACAGAGAGAAAUCUCAGAAAAACGUCAUGAUGCUUAUUGUGUAUUAUCCAAGUUAUUGUGUGAAUUGUAUCUGUAAUUAUUGCCCAUUUAAUCCUUUGUUUCUCAAAUGGAAACAGUUGUAAAAAGGAUUCUUGAGGACUGAAUUUUUAAGAUGUGUAUUUUGUUAAGUGUCUCCUCUAAAUGAGCUCUUGUUUGGCUUUUUGAAUAACAAACUAUUUCUCAUUUCUAA